AUGUCAACAACCAAGAAAAGGAAUGACCUGUCAUUACAACUAAAGUAUGAAGUGAUCCAGAGGGCAGAGAAAGAGCCAAAAAUUGGUGUAAGGAGACUUGCAGACAUUUUCAGCUGCGGGAAAACACAAAUCAGUUGUAUCUUAAGAGAUAAAGAAAGAAUUAAAGAUCUUUACGAGUCCAAUAGUAAUGGUGGUUUGUGUCAAGUUAGAAAAAGAAUUCGUACUUCAGAAUAUUCGGACGUAAAUGACUCCCUUUAUCAGUGGUACCAGCUAGCUGUCAAGAGAAACCUGUAUCCUGAUGGAAGCUUAUUGGCAGAGAAGGCCAGAUUAAUUGCAGCUCACCUGGGGCACAAUGAUUUCAAGGCCUCAAACGGCUGGUUACAUCGAUGGAAAAGUAGGCAUAACAUUAAGCAGAGAACAGUCAGUGGUGAGUCUGGAGAAGUUAACACACUAACAGAGGAAUCAUGGAAGGAGAGAAUCCCUGAAUUAGUCCAAGGUUAUAAAGCAGAAGAUAUUUGUAACAUUGAUGAAACUGGAUGUUUUUGGCGAGCAUUGCCUGAUAAGGGAUUGGCACAAGCAAAGAAAGACUGCAAGGGGGGGGAAGAAAAGCAAGAAUAG